AUGGUACCAUCACCAUUUUUUCUCAGAAGUGUUCUAAAAUCUGAACGCCAAUUUAACUCGUAUUCUGUGAUGAACCUCCUUUUGGAUUUAUUUUCAUCUCGAAAUGUGGAUGAAAUAGAUUGUGGUAACGUGACAGCAUCGUAUGUUGCAGCUGCUUAUGGGAAUCUCCUAACUUUAAUAGCACUUCUGGAACGCAACGCAAAUGUGAAUUUUGUCCGAUUGCGUCCAAGAUUCAUAAACGAGUCUGUCGAUAUGUUGGAAUUUUGUAAAACUUCAGCAUUUUGGGAAUAUAGUCUUCUAAAUAUUGCCUCACAAAAUGGACAUCACAAGACAGUUCGAACUCUUCUGACGUCUGACGCAGAUCUUAUGCAUCAAACAGCUUUUGGUUCGAAUUCCUUUCAUUUGGCAGUUCAAAAUGGUCAUAUUCAUGUCGUCCGAGAAUUUUUAUUGAGAUAUAGAUCAAAAUUUUAUGACAGUCUUAACCAUUCACUAUAUAUAGCUGCCGCGAACGGACAUUCUGAAAUCAUUGAUCUACUUUUAUAUCACGGUGCAGUAGACUCAUGUCUGCCUUGUAACUCCUCACAGUACUGGACCUUAUAUCACCAAACUCGACUCAAAGUUAUUGAUAAUAUAGACGAUCUACGCACUGUGAACUACAUCUUUAAAGACGAUCGGCGAUUAGUACGAUGUGAGACAGCUUUAGAGAUUGCUGUCCAAAAUGGUUAUAAAGAAAUUGUACAAAGUUUGGUUAACCACCCUUUCAAUACUUUGAACUGUCGAGAAGUUGGUGGAAGGAAACCCGUGUUCACGGCAAUUAAAUUUAAUAGACCUGAUUUAUUUCAGCUCGUUUUAAAAGACAUACCCGAGUCUUCAAGAUGUUUAUAUCGAAGGAGUAAAAUAGAAAAACUCGAUCUUCACGAAAGUGAAAGAAAACAAUACAUGAAUAAUAUGUGCCCAUACAACAUAACACCAUAACAUUUUUUGGCAUACCACUGGAAUAUGGGACUACUCCAUAGCUUGUGGAAUUGGACUGAUAGAGAUAGCAGUGGUGCAACACCUCUACAUCAUGCUUGUUGUAAAGGAAAUAUGGAAAUGAUAGAUUCACUGAAAAAUCUUGGAGCUACAUUCAAUAUUAUUGCAUUUAAUGGCUCCACUCCUUUACACUCGGCAGCCAUUUGUAACCAGUAUAAUGUUCUUAAUCAUUUACUUUCCCUGUAUCCAAAGCCCCCUCCUGACAAUGAAAACAAAUACAUUUGCCACUAUUUGGCCGGUGGAGAAAAAUAUUACAAUGAGUCAACCAAACUUGUUAUAUCGCUAGCCAAUAUAUACCAAAUGAAUAACCUUAGAAAUCUUCUACAAGACGAAGGACUUUUCAAAGACGUUUACAAUCGAAUCCCAUUGCAUUAUGCAUGCGCAAAGGGAAAUGUAAAUUUUGUGAGUUUUUACCUUAAACUGAAACUUCCUUCAAAAUUUUGGAGUAAAGUUUUUGAUGUUCUGGACAUCAAUGGUGACAAUAUAAUAGAGAUGGCUUUUAAAUAUACGCCAAUACUUUACCAGGAAAAUAUCAAAAUUGUUGAACAUUGCAAUAUAUAUCUUCUCGCAGAUGAUUCUAAUUGUGAAGAUUACCGUCUUGAAAUAUUUAUUUAUAUCAUCUAUGUUAUAUUGAAAAACAUGCCAAAAUCUCAACAGUUAGUACGUCGUUCUAUCGGGAAAUAUAUAAAUUAUAGCCUACAGAAGAAUAAUGCUAAUUUAUUGGGUAUUCUCUACUUUAACUUUCCAUUCGAUUUCAAUGAAUAUACACACAGUAAAGGAAUAGAAUCUAUGAAGAAUCUCUUGCAGCACCAAAUCGUCAAUCCGUUAAUAUUCCCUUUUUUGAGAAAAAUGAGAUUUCAAUGCACUCAAAACUCAGCUUUGCACGAAAUUGUUCAAGAUGAAAACAGAAUAUUCUGGAUAUCAUAUUUCUUUAACUUUUCUUUGAUGUUUCAAAUUGAUCCCGAGUCCCUAGAUUCAUGCUUUGAUAAAGAGGGAUAUAUCUUACUUCACAGGUCUAUAAUGGGAGGGAAUGUUAUUGCAUUUAUCAUUCUCAGAAACCUAGGAAUGUCACUUACAACUGAGACACGUGACGGAAAAAACAGUUUGGAACUCUUGGUAGAAUAUACACCAUGUUUUAGGGAAGAAAACAUGAUAAAAGAAUUCUUAAUCACGUAUUAUGAUUUUAGAAGGACUUCCGUGAAACGUUUCGAAAUAAGUAAGGCAUCAAUUGAUUAUGACUUAAUUUCAUAUAUUCUUACAAAAGAGACAGACAUGUUAAUGAAAAUGAAACCGAAUCAAAUUUGUUCACAUACUAGUGAAUUAAGUUUUACACAUCUUGUGGCAGCAAAAGGUUUGCAUGUUAUUUCUAAAGAAAUUGAGAGGUUGUUUGGUGACAUUGUAGUGGACUGUGAAAACACAAAUGGAAUAACAUCUGGCCAUUUGACGCUUUUUUACAAUCAUCAUCUUCUGCGCAGAAAUAUACCAUGGACAUACAAAAUCCUAUCAUUUUUAACCACACUUUUCCUUAAAACAAUGUUGGACUUUAAACCGUUUAUUUUCCCAAAAGAUUCUAUCGAAACAAAUUGCAGAUAUAGGAUUUUGAACGAGAGGAAUUUUCACGGAAUAGCAUUUUGUGCGACAAAGAUGGAGACUGAAUUCUUUAAAUUUCUUCGAAAAUUUGUCAAAACAAUUGGACGUAAAUCGGUGAUUGAUUUACAAACUGCCAUGAAUGGAUCGCAUAUUCAUGAUAAAAUAAAACAGAAAGAAUUUUAUUCAAAGAAUUUCGACAAAAAUCUUGCUGGCAUUCAACAUAUGGAAGAAAAUCCAAAAGAAUUUCAAUUGAGGUAUUCCUGUCACAUUGUAAUUCUAAACAAUUUCUUAAAAGAAUUUAAUUGUUUGAAUCUAAACAAAUCUUUACAUUUAGAUACAAGUAUAAAAUGUAUUCAAAUAUUUUCCUUAAUUAGACAAAAGAAGAUGAACUAUAAAACGUUAUAUAAGAAAAUACGGAUGUCAAGAAUGUUUAUGAUGUUUCACUUGUAUGAAGGGGAAUUGAAUUUGCCUUAUUCCAAUCUUAACUCGAUAGUCGAUCAGGUUUUCGAUGAUGCUAUUUUAAAAUCAAUAUCUUAUCCGGAGUAUCAUAUGGAAAGGCAGUAUAGAUUCUUGGAUAAACUGUAUUCCUGUAGAAAUAAAUUAGGGAAGGAAAUGGUGAAAAAAGUGAGCAUUUCCACAAUUGAGGAAAUUCAGAAGUGGCAAGGUAUCCGAGGUGUCAAUUCUUUUAUCACUCUACAACAAACUGAUUUAAAGGAUACUGAUGCUCCAUUGAAACCUUACGAUAAAUCGGCUGAUGAUCAAGAAAUGCAUUAG